CUAGAGGCUAACCGUGUUAGAGGAACUGAUGCAGAAACUAAACAUAUAACAACAUCGCCAUGACAUAGUAUUAGCUUACAAAUGUUCCCUUAAGAUUAUGCAUAUUAUUUCACGCGUUUAUGAACUUUAACUAUGUAUAUUUUUAGUGAACGGUAGCCAUUAUCUCAUACGGAGGUUAAUAACAUUUUAUGAUGGUGGUGGAGGUGGAAAGUUUUUUCGGUGUUUAUAUGCUUUACUGCACAAACCCAAAAUUUAAAGGCCGUAUCUACAUCGGCUUCACGGUGAACCCUGAGCGGCGGAUUGGACAGCACAACGCCGGGAGACACAGAGGGGGAGCCAAGAGAACCAGUGGCAGAGGGCCAUGGGAGAUGGUACUCAUUAUCCACGGCUUCCCAACAGAUACAGCUGCCCUCAGGUUUGAGUGGGCGUGGCAGCACCCUCACUCCUCCCGACGGCUUUCCCAUGUCUCCCGACGUUCCAAAAAAGAAACAAGCCUGCAGUUCCACUGGCGCGUUGUCUCAAACAUGCUAAGAGUAGCACCGUGGAACAGGCUCCCUCUGACAGCCCGCUGGCUCAGACAGGAGUAUAGGAUGGACUUUGACCCCAGCCUGCAGCCCCCCCUGCACAUCCCCAUGGCCUUUGGCAGUGUGAGGGCCAAGAAGAAGCUGCUGUAUCCAUCUGCAGGUGAAGAGGUGAUGUCCAGGUGUUGUCUUUGUAAGGGGGUGGCAAAGGUGUCAGAGAAGUUGAGCUGUUUCCACCCAUCAUGUGGGAUGAUCAGCCAUUUAAUCUGCCUGGCCAGGUAUUUCCUGAGGUCAGAGCCAUUCCACCUCGUACCUGUAGAGGGAGAGUGUCCUUCCUGCCACCGCUCGGUGCUGUGGGGGAGCCUCAUUCGUCAUAAACAGGGCUGCUUCGGAGACCUUGAAGAGAUCAUUCCAUCUGCAUCACAGAGCCAUUGGGCAGAUGAACUGCAGAUCUGAAGAAAAGGAGGCUACAAAAAGAGACUAUUAAAGUGAAUGCCUGUUAUUGGAAGUGAAGUGCAGGGCAGUAUUUUAAAACUGUAUAUACAUUUCUAACUAUAUCUAAUUCAAAUGAUUAAAUAUUACAAAAACAAA